AUGUUGGCAGAAGAAGCCAAGCACUUUGCCAUUUAUCCAAGCUUUGCACGUCGUUCGCUUCCACCCGGUCUUAGCAAAUCACUCCAAGCUGCGUACGGGAAAACGCGUCCGCAUCACCGGGAGCUAGCAUUUGACAGUAACAUCGAUGUCUUCCACUUUGCUGAGCUUAUCGAUAAAGAUUCAAUCGGGAUCUCUACGAUCGGAACAGCAACCGGGCCAGAUGAGGCUGCGAGCUCCAUAUUCAACCAUAGCCAAGUGUUCCUAAGUUGGGCUGAGGCUUUCGAAGUCGGAGAGGAAGUUGUGGGUCUCUUCGACAACCUUUCUAUUGGUCUCGCGGCACACACUUCCCGACAAGACAAUUGUCACAAAGAUUAA